CUGUUAACUCACCCAGCCCUAACGCCGAUAAUAUCGGUAUGCGCGCGCAACGCUCCAGCCCUAACGCCGACAAUAUCGGUAUGGAAAAUUUCGCUCUCGUGACCCCAAACACUAAUUUUGUCUGAAACAGACCAUUGCCCAAUUGGACGAGUAACCAUUUUUUGUUUGGAACAGACUAUGACCAGAAGUGUAAGCCUAAAUUUAGAACAAAGAAAGCUAUUUUCGUGAAGCAUGUGAGGGAGUGCGAAAUUUGAACGCACUUCCCUUCUUCGCUGAUAGCCAUGGCUGCAAGACGUGAAAGAUUGUUCUCUACUCGCGAAGUUCUUGAUCACAUUGUGACUGCAGAUUCCGAUGUUGAAGACGAUGUGGAUGAUGAUAAUGAAGAUGAACAACCUUCCAUCAUGGAUGGUAAGUAUAUUUCAGCAAGUCAUUCAUUUUUAUUCGAAAUAAUAACGAUUUGUUUACAUCUUGAUAGCCGAGAUUCUAGAAGAGAGAUUCUGUCACAUGUGAGUCAGAGACAAAGCUGUUCACUAGACUCUAGAUCUAGCAAGAUUUCUUUCGUUGGUUUGUGACUUGUGAAGCAUGAUGUCAAAACGAAUAUAGAUCUAGAUUUAGAUAUCUAGAUCUGAAAAAAUAUAAAGUAUGAUUUAUUUGCCCUGCUUAUUCAGCAAAAAGACAAAGGAUAGGUGGUUGUUCCAUUGUGAAAUCUUGAUUCUCCACUCAAGGUCAGGCAGAUUGUGACUCGUGUGACAGGCCUUCCUUGUCACUGUACAUGGUAGAUCUAGCAUACUCGAAUUAUAAAUCUAGAUCUAGAUGAUAGACUGCAGUGUAUAAACUUAUAAUGCUGUUGUUGUUGUUUUUUGUCACAUAGAUUUAUUUAAUUAGUCUAGAUCUAGAUCUAGAUCUAGUUCUACGAUCAAAGUUCAAGUGAAGUGAGUAAUUUUUUACUUUGCUGUUUUAUUAUUGAUCUGGUUCAUAGAGCGUAGAUCUACUGUGCAUAGGCCUAGACCUACGUAAAUCUAAUAGGCAUGUUCAGAUCUGAUACACUAUCUUUACUUUGAUUUUACUCCUCAGACUAACAAUUAUUAUUUCAAAUCCUACACAACAAGUCUAUGAGGGCUAGGCAGGGCAAGACCAUGAACUUGGUGGAAUUCCUUAUUAGUGCUGGGAACGCGAUGGCCGAGGACUAUGUUGCAAAGCGCCUCCAAGAUCGUGCGCAACCCAACAACGGUGCACAGGCCGAAGCAGUAUCCCUCAACCGGCUGACAGCGCGACAUUUUCCGAAGUGGCUUCCACCUACCCCGCAGAAGGAACACCCAUUUAGGGUUUGCUUUGUAUGUUCGGCACGGAAGAGGAAAGCUGGACAGCCUCUUGGAGCAGCACCCACCAAUCGCCAGCGCAAGGAAACACAGUUCUGGUGUGAGCCUUGUGGGAAAGCUCUGUGUCCUGCACCAUGCUUUGAGAUAUUUCACACUAAAAAGGAUUACCUGUUAUGACAAGGUAGGACUGUUUAUUUUUUACUUUCAUCUUUUCCUUUGCCUUGACUUCUCUUGCUAGUUUACAUCAGCAUGAUGAUGGCAUUUGUUGUCAACACUAACAAAAUCUAACAUUCUUUCUUCCAAGUUCAUCUAUAUCUUCUGUUCAGUGGAACCCGUUCCUUAUAUUGUUGAAGAUAAUAACACAAAUAACAUAUUCUGUUGUAAAAGGUCUAACAAAUUGUUGUCUUUUGAUGUAAUUACUCUACUGUUUGGUUACUGCCUAGUUUUUAUUCUGAGAACGAGCCUGAACAACAUUUUUUCUGCCAUGAAAGACACACUUCUUUUAUAUGUGUUGUGUCAUGUGUUGCCUUACCCGCUCAUUUGUAUUGAUUACACAGUUAUUUUGGGCUUCUAUUACAAUAAUAAGAUAGCACAACUCAGUUUCAUACAUCAGUCAUCAUCACUCACACUACAGAACAUAAAAUAUUCUCUUAUUACAUUGUGUUGUGCCUGUGAAGAUGGAAUUCUUUUGACAAGGUGAGUUUCAUUUUGUUUACUUUUUGACUCUGUAUAUAUACCUUUUUCCAUGGAGUAUUACAUAAAAACUGUGGCAUAUUUUGCAUUGAAAUUUACAGUGCACACAAAUAGAGAUUUGGACAACAUAUGUACCAAAUUUGGGUAUGAUUUGUUAAAAUUUAGUAUUUUUUUCAAUUUUUCAAAAAGUGGUAAAAAUCUCUAGGGAGAGCUGACAACCCGGAAGUGUAGGCCUAGGGUUGAGUGAGUUA